GGCAAUCGAAAUUGUUCCAUAAGAGAUCGUUGGCAAGUGAAGAAUUUGUUUAUAGAGUAAAGGGAACAGGUUUGGGAAAGGGUGAGAUGAAGAUUCUCGUUGGUUUCUGCGCAUUCCUGGCGCUAAAGUUUGGUUACUGUGCAGGAACGUUGAAAACGUACCGUGGAAUUGAUAGUUAUGUCUACGAGUUUCACAAUGAAGCGUACUUUGAGGAAGGUGACUUUUACGGUAAGGUGAUUGAUGGAGAAUUUGAAAGAAUCUCCAAGACUGCUCCCGUCAGACCGCCGGCUCCAAUCACACUCAACAUUUGCGACCCAGAUGCUGAAAGCCUGGACAUUAACACGUCAGACUGCGAGUAUGGUGUGACUAUCCAAAAGUUUUCCCCGGAACAUGGCUUCGUUAUCAAGUCAGUUGUGGAUUCCCACAGGAAAGUAUGGGAGGCCUUUGGAGACGAAAAGUGUCUCUACGUCCUCCUCAUGACGAGUUACACGUCUGACAUUAUUACCUUGGAGAUUGAGAGUGAGGGCAAGUUGGAUCCCAUUUAUUUUUCCAGGGAGUAUGGAAGAUGGAGGUCGAUAACGGAGGAGGGAUUUAACGAGAGAUUCAGGCGCAUGGGAGAAUUGUCUUCUCUGAACAAGUACCUAUAAGGGUCAUGCCAUCGUCGACACACGCAGACGAUUUAAUCUACGCUCUCGGAAAUUUUC